GUUUGGAGUCCGGGAUCUCAACCGUGCUACCGGAGUUGUGUGAUCCGUCUUCUGCGUAUCGCCGGAAUUUCGAAUCGCGAUGGUCGUCCCCUCCCUAGAGGAGCUGGACUCCCUCAAGUACAGAGACCUGCAGAACUUAGCCAAGAGUCUGGGUCUCUCGGCCAACCUGAGGACAGACAAGUUGUUAAAAGCCGUGAAAGGCCACAUUAAUCGUGAGGCAAGAAAAGGAAAUGAGAAUCCGGAUGAAAGUCAAACUUCAGCAUCCUCUUGUCAUGAGACUGAGAUACAGAUCAGCAGCCAGGAACAAGCCGAGAGACAGCCAACUGGCCAUGUCACCAAAACAAGGAGAAGGCACAAGACUGUCCGUGUGGACCCUGACUCCCAGGAUCAUUCGGAGAUAAAAAUAAGUGAUCCUACUGAAUUCCAGAAUCAUGAAAAGCAGGAAAGCCAGGAUUUCAGAGCUACUGCGGAAGUUUAUUCUCCAGAUGAGCACCAAGGAGCUAAGAAUGCUGUUUCCUCAGGAAAACGUGGAAUAAAUGGUAACAAAGAUUCAAAGAUACCUUUAGAAAGAAAGAAAGAAAUCUACACAGAUGAGUUAUCCAAACCUGGAAAAAAUAAAAGAACUGCAACAACUACUCCAAACUUUAAGAAGCUUCAUGAAGCUCAUUUUAAGGAAAUGGAGUCCAUUGAGCAAUAUAUUAAGAGGAAAAAGAAACAUUUUGAAGAAUACAAUUCCAUCAGUAAACUAAAGCAGCAGCCCAUCAAUAAGGGAGGAGUCAUGACUCCAGUACCUCCACAAGGAAGACUCUCUGUGGCUUCUACUCCCAUCAACCACCGACGCUCUCAAUGCCAGUCCUACGGCCCUGCAUGUCAGAAUACCUUGGGUCUGAAGGGGUCACUCAAGCACUCUGCUAUCUCUGCAGCUAAAACAGGUGUCAGGUUUUCAGCUACUACUAAAGAUAAUGAGCAUAAGCGUUCACUGACCAAGACUCCAGCCAGAAGGUCUGCACAUGUGACCAUGUCUGGGAAUACCCCAAAAGUUAUUACUCCAUUCAAGUUGACAACUGAGGCAAUGCAGAUUCCAGUCUCGAAUAAGAAACCAGUGUUUGAUCUUAAAGCAAGUUUGUCUCGUCCCCUCAACUAUGAACCACACAAAGGAAAGCUAAAACCAUGGGGGCACUCUGAAGAAAAUAAUUAUUUGAAUGGACAUGUCAACAGAAUUAAUUUCCACAAGAAAACUUACAAACAACCCCGUCUCCAGACAAAGGAAGAGCAACGGAAGAAACAUGAGCAAGAACGAAAGGAGAAGAAAGCAAAGCUUUUGGGAGUGCGACGGGGCCUCAUUUUGGCUGAAGAUUAGUAAUUUUUUAACAUCUUGUAAAUAUUCCUGUAUU